UACACUUUCAUCAGGCCUUAUAUAAAAACGAAAUUCAUUUAAUUCAUUUCACUUUCUCUUUACAAUCAAGUGUUAACACAAGUGUUUACGAAUUGACGUAAACCACCAAUAAACUUCGAGAGUCUCUAUUUCCUGGUGCCAAUUUCGUUCCAUCAGUGAUCAAACCUCAUUGGCCUACUGACCAGCACCAACAUCAACACCAAGGCAUAUUUUUCGUUGCAAUUUCAUUCUUUGGGCCUCUAUUAGGACUUACAUUUUUAUAUCAUUGACUUUUCAUCACUCUCAGCGAAUCAACAUUUUGUGCAAUUGUAAUUGUUCCGGUUAAUUUUGAUUUUCCUCGACGUCUGUUGAUAUCUCCAUUGAUCAACAUUUUCAAUCAUGAAACUGGGAGUGGUUUUCGUGAUUGCCUUAGCAUGCAAAUUGGCGUCAUGUGAAGUUUAUUAUGAUCAGUCUGGUUAUGGUUAUGGUGUUAACCCAAAACCAUCAGGUUCUCCUGAUGAUGAAACUUUGUCCUCGGUAAACGUACCCUCAAAAGAGCCUAUUAAUUCUCAGGAAUCCAAGCCUAAAGCUUACCUGGUCCGACUGAAGCCUAAAGAUGAUCUGGAAUCAAGUGCAAUUCCUAAUAAAAAAUCAAAGUUUCUUCUGCUUCUUCGAUUACCUGAAGAUCACGAAGAAACUCAAGCUACUUCUUUAACUUCAGAAGUUCAGCAGAAAGAUGAAUCAGGUUAUCAACAACCGGAUAUCCCUACUCAAGAUAAUUUUGCACCUUCUUUAAUUCAAACACCUUACUCGUCCUUUGAAAAUCAAAAAGACGAAUCUGGUCAAUAUCAACAACAACCUGAACCUCAACAGUAUCAACAACAACCACAAUAUCAGCAGCAACAACAACAAGAGGAAGCUGUUGUACCUCAACAAAAUGAUUCUGGUUAUCUUCAACCAUUGCAAACCGAUGGAUAUGGUCAAUCACAAAGCAAUGAACAAGCUCAACAAAAGGAUGAAACCUACAUUCAGCAACAACCCCAACCUCAGCCUCAACAGCAACAGCAACAACAACAACAACAACAACAAUAUGAUGUCACUGAAGAUUUUGAUAAACAAGCCAAAGAUGAUUCAGGUUAUCAACAACAGUCAUAUUCACAACAGCAAGAUUCUGGGUAUGGAUCUGUUUCUGCUGCAUUCCCUUCUCAGACAACUUCAGCAUUUAAGAAUGGUUUCAGUCCUUUACCUAACUACGAACGUCCACUAGUACAACAACAAAUGCCUGCUGUAGAUUCAGUCAAAGGAUUAAGAAAUAACUUUUUCCGAGCUCCUGUUCUCCAAGACACACAAAAAAUCACCAACACUUAUGGCUCAAACGAUUUCCAAUCACGAGAAACUGAAUCAUUUGGAGGUCAACUCGAACAAGUAAAAAGUCCUGCUACCAAAUCUCAACCAGCAUCUCAAUCCACUUAUGGAUUCGAUUCCGGAACCAAAACUUCAACUUACUCAGAAGCUAACCGAGAAGCUAACCGAGAUGCCACCAAAGGUUCUUUCCAACCUUCAUUUUAUCCUUCGUCCGAUUCAAGUCGUAAAUCAGCUACACCAACAGUUCAUAGCUCUUAUCCAAGCCAACAAUCUCCCAUGAAAAGUCCAGCUCAAGUUUAUGCACAACAACAACAACAGCAACAACAGCAAAAACAACAACAGGAAAUUGAACCAGCCAGGAAGACUAUUACUAGUCCUGUAAAAGACUUCUAUGGCCAGUCAGCUCAACCCGAGUCUAAUUCUUACGGUAGCCAACAAGGAUUUUCAUCAGAAUAUGGAUCCAAUGAAGAAUCCGUAAAAUCUGCUUCUCCAGUUAAAGACUCAUCUAACUAUGGAAUUAAACAAGAAGGAAUUAAAACUCCUCCUAAACAAUCAUAUGAAAAUGUCCAAUCAAGUCCUAUUGUGAAUGAUUAUUCAAAUACUUUCAACAACCCACAAUCUUUCUCUCAAGCACCAAUUUCUUCCUCAUUCACACCUAGCUUGGGCUAUGGAGUUCAGCAACAGUUGCAAGAACAACCACAGCAACAGGUUAAGCAAGACGAUUACAAUCAAGCUGUCCAAAAUAAUGAAGAUUUGCAAGAGAAAGAUGAACAAUCUGAAUAUUCCCCAGAACAACAAGAAAAUGAAGAGCCAGAGAAGAAAAUGCCCGCUCUUUUAGUCCCAGUUCCUCCUGAAUUAAGCCCUUAUGCUCCAAGCGAUAAUCAAAAAAAGGAAAAUUACGAUUCACAACAACAACAACAACAAACAUAUGAUUCACAACAGAAAAGUGAGUCUGAUUUCCAACAAUCAACUGGAUCAUUAGGAAAUGAUGAAUCAAAUUACAAUGCACCAGUCAAAGGUCAAGCCCCUAUUUCAAACUAUGAACAAUCUACACAAACUGUCCAAACUGAUUCAUACGGCCAACACCCAUCAUCUGUUGGACAAAAAUCACCAUCGCUACGAUUCCCAACCAAAUCUUCAAUCAAAACUCAGCAGCCUAUUCAAUCUUCAUCUGGUUAUAAUUCUGGCGUAUCUUCUUCAUCUGUUAAAGGAGGACGAGCUCCACAACAAUCAAGCUACAAUAAUGAUUAUUCCAGUGGAUUCCAGGCUGCACCAAAAGAUACUAAAUCUGCAAAACCAUCUCCAAGCUUAGACAACUCCUACUCUUCUGCAACCAAAGGUGGACAAACUUCUGAUGAAGGUUUUUCAAACGAACAAAAAACCUCUGUAAAAGGAUCAAAUCAGCCAACCAAAGGUAAUGCUGUACAGUCAAGUUAUUCCGCUGCUCUUCAACCUCCAGUUAAAGCUGCCCGAGCUUUCCAACAAUCAGCUGGAUAUUCGUCAGAAGUCAAGUCAACCAAAGGUGUCUCAGAAUCUUAUUCUAAACCAUCACAAAGUCCAGUUGAAUCUAACUUUAAUGAUUAUCAAGCAACUCCUGUACAACAACAAUCUCAACCUGAGCAACCCCAACAACAAAAGCAGACUCAAGCUGAUUUAGGAUACAAUUUACGAGCACCAACUAAAGGAGGACGAGCUCAAUCACAACAAUCAAAUACAGAGUCUAGUUACUCAUCAAACUCUCAAAGUUCAUUCAAUUCCGAUUACCAAUCUUCAUCUGUCAAAGGAGGUGCUACUUCACAGCAACAAAAUUCCUAUCCUCUUGGAUUUUCUUCUGCGUUUUCAUCUUCCCCUGCUCAACAAACCUCUGGUUAUGGAUCAUCUUUUUACCAAAGCUUACCUAGUGGUGUCAAAGGGAGCCAAAAUAGUCAAAUCCAACAACAACAAAGUGAUGCUGAAUCACUACCAAAUCAAACCUCACAACCAGCAUUUGCUUCAUUUUCUGCAUCUGUAAAAGGGUCUGCUCCAGUAGCACCACAGACUCAACAAAAUUUUGAUGAUAGUUACUCUUCAGGAUUCCAAGCUCCAAUUUCUUCAUCAGCACCUGUUCAACAGACUCAAUCUGACCGAGGAUACAGUUCUGUACCUCAAUCAUCAGGAGUAAAAGGUGGUCAACAAGUUGCAAGCUCUUACGAACAAUCUCCUCUGCCAAAUGUUUCAGGAACUAAAUCAAGUUUAAAUCAACCAAAAGCCCCACUUACUAUUCCAAAUUAUCGAACAAAAGCAGGCAGAUCUCAAUUAAGCUCAACUAAAUCAUCAAAGACCGCACCUUCUAAUCAAAAGUCACCAAUCUCAUCUUAUCCAUCUUUCCCUAUUUCCCAACAAACCCAACAAACCCAACCAGAACAGCAGCAAGAUACCAAAGGUGCUGUUAAACCACAACCACAACCAAAUACAAAAACUGCACUAAAAAAUCCAUCAACAUCUUAUUUACCAGCUUUGUCACCACCCAGUGCAACUAAAUCGACAUAUUCUGCUCCACCGCAAUCAAAAUCACCACAACAGGAUUCAUCUUACUUUCCGUUACCAGUAAAUUCACAACAGCAACUUCAGUCACCUAAAAACGCACCUUUAACUCGAGGUUUACCUCCUCCACCAGCAUUGGUUGCUCGAUCUCGACCAUCCCAAAGCUUUAAUUUCCCAUCCUCACAAUCACAGGUCCAACCAUCAUCCGAAUCCUACCCAUCAUACUCUGCUAGUUCAAACACUCCAGUAUUUGAUGACGAAGAAGAUGCAAUGUCAAUAACUGCUGAUGAUAUGGGUGCUUAUGGGUUACGAACAAAUUCACCUUAUGAUGCUACAGCAGCUUCUGCAACAAGUCAUCUAAGAGCCGUUGAACAACCCCAAGGAUCUGGAAGAGUCGUUCUUUUACUUUUUAAUAAAGAACAUCCUCAUUCUCAAGCAUCUCGAAUGUCUUUGAGUCCUGAUUCUCGAGGCAUUUAUUAAAUAUAAUCAUUUAUCUCAUUUAUUCCUAUCCAUCUCACCUCUACUUCAUCAACACAAUCUCACGUAUCUCAUCUACAGAACCAAUUUAAAUUCUCAUCAUAAUUCUCAUCAUUCUAGGUCUCAUUUCAUAACAAACAUCUUAUUCGUUGAUAAUUUAAAUGUCAGCGAAUUUAUUAUUUUUGCUUUGCUUUCUUUGAAAAAGCCACUCUUCAAAUCACUUUUUUGUAUUUUUUCCACCAUCUUUUGCUAUGACACCAUUAAAAUGGAAACAUUUUUGUUAAGAA